AUGCCCAGCGAGCUGAACAUUGUCGUGGCCGGUGGCGGUCUUGGAAUCGGCUUCCAGACCGUGACAUAUCUCUUGCAGCACACAGCGGCUAGGUUGGUCGUCUUGGAUGUCGAUAUCUCGAAAUUGACUGUGCUACAACGGGAGUACCCAGAUCGGCUGUGGGUCAUUGCCGGCGACAUCACCAAGAGAGGAGACCGGGAGAGAUUUAGAGAACUCGCUCUCCAGAAGCUGCAGACAAUCACCUCGCUGGUCAUCACCGCCGGCGUGAUUGGUGAGAUUGAGCGGAUCGCAAGCUUUAGCCCUGAUCGCCUCGUCAAGACCUUCAAUAUUAAUGUGAUCGGUCCUAUCUUGCUGUGCCAAUCCCUAUUGGGAGAGCUCCGGAAAACAAAGGGACGAGCAAUCAUUUUGUCCUCGGCCGUGGAUAAGGACAUCAAAUACGCCGGUUGGGCCCAAUACUGCGUAUCCAAAGCAGCAUUGACUCGAGCCAUUGAGCUCCUGGCACAUGAAGAGCCCACGAUCAACGUGAUGGGUGUGUAUCCGGGACUGACCCGGACCGGCAUGCCGGCCGACAUUAUUGCAGGGAAAUACAAGGGGACCAUGUAUGACUUUGAAGUCGAGAAGUUUCGCAAUUGGGAUGUGGCUGGAGAGAUCGAGCCUCCGGAAUGGUGUGCGAACGCAGUGGCCCAGUUGGCGGCAGGAGUCGUCGAGGGACUUCCCAGUGGACAUGUGGGCUACUAUUAUGAACAUGUUCUUCACUGUAAGGAUGAUUGGCCGAAGGCCCGUUUGUGA